AUGAGUUACUAUAUCCGAGGAGCAGCCACAGUUACCGCGCUGGUGCUUCCAUUGAUACUCCUCUACAAGCUCUUGUGGUCGGUAAGGAGAAGUAGUUGUUCCAAUGACGAAACAAACAACACAAAUUGCAGCACCAGCAGCAGAACCACCACUCAACAACAGCCAGAUUCGACGUCGUCUGACGUGGUCACAAUAUCUUUGGUUCUGUCGUCUGAUCACUCUGUAGAUUCUUCUUCUUCUAGUUCACCAUCCCUUCAUCCCUCUGCGGUGUUUGGCACGAACAACAACACGAAUCGCACUGGUACCACUCAACACUCCGAUAAUUCACCAUCGGCGACUACGAUCGCUGAUUCUUCCGAUUCACCAGUACUCCUUCCCUCUGUGGAGUACGACGUGUUCCUGAGUUUCAGAGGUCCGGACACUCGUUAUCAGAUUACUGAUAUUCUCUUCCGUGCUCUCGUCCGCUUAAAAAUCCACACGUUUAAGGACGACGACGAGCUCCGCACGGGGGAAGAGAUAUGGCCCUCCCUCGUUAACUCUAUCGGCCACUCCAAGAUCUACGUGCCGAUAUUUUCCAAGAGUUACGCUCACAGCAGAUGGUGCCUUAAGGAGCUCGCCGAAAUCGUCGAGAACCUAAAGGGAGACGACAAGAGGCGCAUCAUACUUCCCAUCUUCUAUAUGGUGGACCCGAGAGAUGUACGGCAUCAAACCGGACCUUUUGAAAAUGCAUUUCGAGAACAUGCAAAACAAAACUUUGAUCCGGAGACCAUACAGAAAUGGAAAGCAGCUCUAGCCACGGUCGCGGAAUUGAAAGGAUGGCACGUCAAGGACAAUGGCGAGUAUGUAACUCUCAUUCUAGCGCAAGGUAAAUAUGCGGAUCUUGUUACGGACAGUAUUUGGUCACACCUACGCAGGUCGUAUUACACAGUAGAGACUGGUGAAUUGGUUGCCAUUGACGGUCAUGUAGAAGAGGUAGUGAAACGUCUAAGUUUAGAGUCUAAAGACGCGACAAUGGUUGGACUUCAUGGGAUUGGUGGGAUUGGCAAGACCACUCUUGCAAAAGCGGUCUAUAACAAAAUACUGCCUCGCUUUGAUCGCUGUAGUUUUGUGGGGAACAUACGGCAAAUACAACAACAAAAUGAUGGUAUUUUAAAAAUACAGGAGAAGAUAAUAGAGGAUGCUAUGAGAAAGAAGGAAUCCGUCGAUGAUGUUAGUAAAGGAAGAAGAAUUAUAGCGGAUAAAGUUUCCCGGUUCAAAAUCCUUAUCGUUCUUGAUGAUAUCGAUGAGAAGUUUAGAUUUGAUGAAAUCUUAGGGAAUCCUCGAAGAUUUGUUUCCGGAAGUAGAUUUAUCGUGACUUCGAGAAACUACAAACUUUUAAGUACUUUGAGCGAACAUAGAUGCAAGUUGUAUGAAGUUCAGGCAUUGAGCCCUACUCACUCGCUUCAACUCUUUAGCAAGCACGCAUUCAAGAAGAAUUCCCCCCAACCGGGCUAUGACAUAUUAUCAAAUAAUAUCGUGUCCACCACGGGUGGGCUACCAUUGACUCUUGAGGUUGUAGGAUCACUUUUGUACCUAGAAGAGAAAUCGAUUUGGGAGGCUAAAUUGAAGCAGCUAAGAGGGGUACCAGAGAAGGAUGUUAUAGAAAGACUAAAAAUAAGUUAUGAUGCAUUGGAGUAUGAAGCAAAAGAGAUAUUUCUGGAUAUCGCUUGUCUUUAUAUUGGAGAAGAGAAAGAAUUGCCUUGUUACAUGUGGAGCGACUGCAAGUUCGACCCAACCAUUAAUAUUAAUCUUCUUAUUCAGAGGUCGAUGGUUAAAAUUGGGGAUGAUAGUCGAUUUCAAAUGCACGAUCAAUUGAGAGAUAUGGGCAGAGAAAUCGUUCGUAGAGAAAGUAUUGAAUAUCCAUGGACGAGGAGUAGAAUAUGGACGGAAGAAACCGCUCAGGAGCUAUUACAUGAAAAUAAGGGAACAGAACAAGUUAAAGCCAUUGAGGUAACCUUACCGGGACGGGAACGAUCUCUGGAGUUGACUAGUGAAUGUUUUGUGAACUUAUCAAGGUUGAGAUACUUUAAUGCAUCUGCACAACGCAUAAAGUUGAGCGGUGACUUCAAUAAUCUUCUUCCCAAUUUAAAAUGGCUUAGAAUGAAGUUUUUGGAGGAGGAUGAUGAUCCUCUGAUCAAUCUUCAUAUGAAAAACUUGGUUAUUCUUGAUCUUGGUGCUAGCAACGAUUGGGGAGGCUGGACUCAUUUGAAGACGGCAAAUAAGCUGAAAAUUUUGAAUCUUUCCAGUUGUUGGAAAAUGAGUAAACUUCCCGAGUUGCCGCAAUCUGGGAGUCUGGAGGUACUGGAUCUUAGUAGCUUCAAUACUCUUAACCGAUCUCUGGUGGACAACAACAUUGAGCUGGACAUUAGCAAGUUGAGGAACCUGUUAGUGCUUCGCCUCGACCUCGCUUGCAUCAAAAAGAUAGUUGGUGGAACCAUUGGAAGGGUGAUGAAGGGCCUUCGAGAGCUGAAGGUCUCGUCGUGCAAGUGCGAGAACCUGGGAAAAGUUCUCGCCGAUGUUGGGGAAUUGCAGUAUCUUCAAAUAUUGGGAGCAGUAGCUUCAAGUAUUGGGGAAUUGCAGUAUUUUCCCACUACAAGUUUGAAGGAGCUGGCAACUUCCUGUCCAAUUACUAAUCUGUCAGCGCUGUUAGAGUUGGAGAAAUUAGAAUUCAUAAGCUGUAAAUUUGGCUUUGAGAUCCCUCCAGCUGCAUCAGCAACAACAUUUGAUCAUGAUGACAACAACAAAUUAGUGUUACGGUGGUGGAAGAUAUCCAAGUUGAAGUCUCUGCGACUCGAGUUCGCUUCCAGAAUGUGGUGCAUCGCCAAUCCUGAUGACUGCCGGCUUCCAUCAGCUCUAACCGACCUCCAUAUUCGAUCCUGCACAAAACUGGAGUGGGUGCCAAACUUGGAGAACCUCGAGAAUCUGACCGAAUUGAUCUUCAAAAGAUGUCCUAUGCCUCGGGAGAUUCAAGGGCUUCAUGGCCUGAGAUCACUACAAACUCUGCAAAUAUCGGAAGUUGGAAAUUUACGUCAUCUUGACGACCUAAUCAACAUUAAUGAUCCUCUGCAGCAACACCCUUUGGCUGAUUUGGAACUGUACCGUUGUUUCGCAUUGGAAAGACUGCCUAUCUAUAGCCAACUGAAGGAACUGCACACCUUAAUCAUUAAUGAAUGCCCUCUUCUCAUCCAGAUCCCGUCACUCUGCUAUUUGCUAUCUUCUUCUAAAAAAUUCAAAAGGUUAAUCAUACAUGACUGCCCUCGUCUUGCAUCCCUAUCAUUAAUGGCAGCGGGCACCCAACAACUUAGUGACAAUGACGACGAUGAUGAUGGCAACCGCGACCAAGCAACAUCAUCAGCAACCACCGAAUCAUCUUCUUUGUAUAUCCUGAGCAUAAGUGGUUGCACAUCCCUGCUGCAAGAAGGAAGUAGACUCGUCGAGGUGCCUCAUUUGUCCAACUUCCCCAGGCUUCGGACCUUGUCACUUCAAGACAUGAGGAUCGAUCUAGUUGUUACCCUGAGAGGGCUCGAGUGUCUAGAAGAGUUAGUCUACUUGGAUCUGGGUAACGUGCAACCAUUGGUAGAGAGGCUACCUUCAUUGCCAAAGCUUGGAAAGCUACAGAAGUUAAAGAUCAGGGAUAUGCCGAAUUUGAGGGAGAUUGAGGGCAUUGCAAAUUUGGAGUCUUUAAAAUCACUCAAGGUGAGAGGAUGCACAUCGUUGGGAAAGUUACCUUAUCUGGGACAGCUCUCCCAGUUGAGAGAAGUAGAUGUUCGAGGAUGCACCAACUUGACGGCUCAUCUUUCUGAUCUAAUCAGUAACUUACCAGGUGGAGUCCGUAUAUACCAUUAAGUGUGACCAACUAGGUGUGGAAUUCAUCCACAGUCAACCUAACCAUGUAAAUAAUUAAUUUCUGAAUUGAUUUGAAGUAUACUUUCAUUUGAUUUGUUUAGCUAAUUAAUAAUUACCAUAUGUGUGUUGUUCACGAGUACCUAAAUCUCGAUUUCUGGGCCGACUUGAGAUAUUUUACUCGGAACUCUUGAGUGGGAGGUUCUCUUUGAUGUCGAGAACAAGCCAAUAAACCUACGUUAUAACCAAUGUAGUCAAAGUCUAGCUUCUAGGUAAAAGCAAAAUGAUGGGUAAAAGAGUAAGCUUUUGCACAACAUAUAAUUAUAACAUAUAAUUUUGAACGGAAGCGAACUGUAGCUAAGGAGGAGAUUCUCCCCUGCGGACGCGACUAGGUGAGUUCUUCUCUAUUUUGUCUGCUUGUAUUCAAUAUGAAAGGGACGUACACUAUGCUUGGGUCUUCUUCACUAUUUUAUCUUCUUGUAUUCAAUAUGAAAGGGACGUACACUAUGUUUGGGUC